AUGACCUUCCUGAUUCUGAGCUACACUGUUUGGGGCCGGCACAUGUCAGAAAUAGACUUCUGCCUUCUAAAUCGCACACAGUGCUAUAGAAACUCAGCUUCACUCUGGGAUUUCACAUCGUUCAACGAGUAGAUUGAGAAACAAUGUCUGAAGGCCCCCAGACUUCCUGGCCCACUACUCACAUUUCACAUGUAAAGUAAUUUCCUCUGUGAUAAUAAUAGAAGCGAAUGGGUUUCCAGGAGAAGCUCUAUUUUAUUUCAUAAUACAUAUGAACUGGUACAAUAGAAGGUCAAGCCGGCCCUUAUUGAAGAGGGGAGUGUAGCGCCGAGUUUAAACUACAGGUGGCCUCCCUAGUUUCGUUUCUGUUGGCAGGUCGAUGAGCCUAAAAGUAUUAACCCUUAAUAAGUAUUCUAAUAUAUGAAGACACGUUUGUGAUCGUUAGCGCCUCAGCUGUAGUAGGGAUAAUUGAAAAACAAGAUAAUCUUAUCACUCUGUGAAGAUAUUUGGAAUGCCCGUAAUAGGAGGAGCCUUCACGAAUAUCCUGCCAUCUGGUAUUUUGUCUGCCGUGACCUUAAUUGGAAGUUAAAAGAUGUGUACAGAUCCUGAGGUAUUUCCACUCAGCUCUGUUUCUCACACUCACUUAAAGUAGCCCAGAAUAUCUUGGAAGAAGUAUAAAUGAACUGAGCUGUGAUGCCAAUGUAUUUAGGACUCAGGAGCCAGUGGGGGUCUCGUGUCCUGUGUGUUUUUAUAUCUGAUAUGUUUAUAUACUAUGUGGGGGGAAAAAAAAGUUUCUUGUUGUGCAAGCAAUUUUGUGCCGAAAAUAUAGCAAACAUUGACAUGGUAAAAUCUUUUAAUGUGGUAUUUAAAGGCAAAAUCAAACACAACCAAAACGGCCCAAAUAGCCCAGGGCUCUUGAGGGUUCAGCAAAUUUCUGUAUAAUAAUGUUAGGAUUCAGCUCAAUGAGCAGGUGAGCUAAACCACACAGUAGUCCAAAUUACACACUAAUAAAAGCUGAGCCUUGUCUUGGAUAAACACGCUUUUAUUUGGUCAUAGUUAAAUCUCCUCCACCACAUCACAGCCUCACAGGGCCACUAGUGCAGCUAUAGACCUGCAGUCUUACUAAACAAUGUGGUCUUGAUGCGGCCGGCUUUCUUAACCCAACCACCCACUCUCACUUGUUGUAAUUAUACAUAUCCAUAAGCAUUCCUAUGAGUAUUGCCUCAGACGGAUAGAGCUUAUUGACGGCUGACGCUGUUAUAAUAUCCACCGUAUUGCAACUGUUGUUUAUACAGAGCGGAUUCUUGGCUUGUGUCGCAAACUCGACUUGACUUUAUCAGCGUAAACUGAAGGUCACUCACUGUGCUGACCAUAAAACUGGAAUGUUGACUUUGUAUUUGAAUGGGAAUAAAAUCUCCAACAUAAUUCAUUUAUAAAUGCUUGAAUAAUUAUAAUGUUAGAUACAGUUUGUGCUGUAUAUACAGUGAGUCAGUCCGGGUAUCAUUUAACUCUCCCCCUCUCAGACCUUGGAACAGACUUACCAUUGGUUUAUUUCCUCUCCUCCUGCUAACGACUGCGACAACAGAAGCUUUCAGAGAAAUUGCUAUUGAUCCCUGAUUUGCCAACACAGCAUCCCUUUUGAGCCUCAUGUUACAGGAUAUUGUAAUUCAUAUUUUGCUCACAGUCACAUUCUUGCCCUUCUGUUUUUACCCCCUCUCUCUUUCUUUUCCUCUUUCUUCUUGCAGGGAUGCAUUCGUCCUGGCCUUCAUUAACAGUGGAACCAGUUUCUUUGCAGGCUUUGUGGUGUUCUCUGUGCUGGGCUUCAUGGCUGAAGAGCAAGGCGUGGACAUCAGUAAGGUAGCAGAGAGUGAUAAGUGCCGGGUGCAGAUAUUCUCGCUCUCCAGUUUGGACGCGGGCUUUGGAAGCCCUGCUCUGGAUACUUUAUGCCUCUGACUCUGCUUCUUAACCCUUCUUCAUGUUGCUCAUACUGGGCUUGGACAGCCAGUUCGUCGGGGUAGAAGGUUUGAUGACAGGCAUCAUGGACAUGCUGCCCCCUAAAUCUGUCCUGGGCUCUCUGCGCCGAGAGGUGGUGGCGGCCAUCUGCUGCUUCAUCUGCUUCCUCAUCGACAUGUCUAUGGUCACAGAGGGAGGGAUGUAUGUCUUCCAGCUGUUUGACUACUACUCUGCCAGUGGCAUCACUCUGCUGUGGCAGGCCUUCUGGGAGUGUGUGGUGAUUGCAUGGGUCUAUGGCGCAGACCGUUUCAUGGACGACGUGGCUCGUAUGAUCGGCUACCAGCCCCUACCCUACAUGAAGUGGUGCUGGUCCUACAUCACGCCUGUCGUCUGUUUGGGUGUGUUCCUGUUCCACGUGGUGAACUACAAGCCCCUGACCUACAACUCGUCGUAUACGUACCCCUUGUGGGGUGAAGUAAUCGGCUGGUUAUUGGCUCUAUCCUCAAUGCUCUGUAUCCCUGUCACUGUUCUCUUCAAACUGCUGCGCUGCAAAGGAUCUUUGCGGGAGAGGUGGCAGCACCUUACCACCCCAGUUUGGGGCAGACAUCACCUGGAGUACCUGGCCCCAGAGAGUGAGGCCAAACUGCUGCCCCCUGCUGGAACCAAGAAUCAGCUACCCUUUGAGAGUGUCAUCUGAUGACCUGAGCCCGACAGAACACAGAUCCAAGGUCGCCUUUGACAUCAGCACACACAGAUACAAACAUGCAGGCGACCCCACAAGCAUGCACAUCACACUGGCCCAGUCAGAGCAAAGUGCAGAUUAACUACGCAGCCCACAGUUUUGAAGGUAUGGAAAAGCCCUGGACAAUUGGACCAAAGAUUAGAUGGGAGAAGAACUGAAACCCAACCGCAAGAAUACAGCCAUCACAGGCUGAUGUUCCGUCUGCUCUGCUUUCUGACGCUACCUCGCUGAUUCUCCCCUCUCUCUCUGUCCCCUGCCUUUGUGCUGUUCCGUCCAGUCUUGUUCCGUGAGUGCGAUAUGUCCAGUGUAGUUGCGAUAUCUUCCCUUCGCUGUGCCUCUCUGUUUAAGUUCAACAGCCUCCCAACAUGUCACGUCAUUUUACUGUGAGUAGGCAGAAACGUAAAAAAAAAAAAUUCUCGAGAAACUUUCGAAAUGAAAGACCUCACAUUCGCUGCUGAUAUGCCAUGGUCUGAAUGUGUGUGUGUGUGUGUGAGUAAGAAUGAGUGCGUGUUGGACUGUGGCAGUGGUGUCUUCAUUUACAUGUAGCGUUGUAUUUGCCCAUCAUUGUUUCCUGCCAAGUGAACUCUCUUCGUGAACAGCUUCCAUUUGUAAGAAACAAAACAAAACAAUCAAAAAGAGAAAAAUGCAUCACCACUUCCAGCUGUGUGUUAUGAACUAACUUAUCCAGUGUAUUGUGGGGUCUGUGAAUCAGUGUUAACAAUAUUCGGAGGGGGAUGACGAUCAAUAUUUCCAUCAGAAGGAGACGGAGAGAAAGUUCAGAUCGAAUUGUGCAAAGAGCAGGAGGCGGGGAUGUGGGGAGGGGCAAGAGUCUUGGUGAAAGGAAAGAAGCAAUAAAUGACCAGAUUAAGAUGGACACUGUGUGUUUUU